UGAAAACUCAAAGGGUUGUGAAACACUUCCGGGUGUGUGACUUUUUCCUGCUUUAGCUUCUUAACUUUUUAGUUUUCUGUUCACAGCGACUGGAAGUGAGGAGCUAAACAGAUGAAAGGAAGUAAAACUAACGGUUAGAAGAAGAAAACUAACAAAGUUUACAGGAGGAGUUUAUUUUUAAAGCCCGAAGGGAGAAGAGGAUGGAGGUGGCGGAGCAGAGAGGAGGCGGAGCAGAGGACCAAACUCCUCCCGCGGAAGAAAAUGGUAACAGCAGCCACACUGAAAGUGAUGUCACUUCCUGUCCAGCUGAGGCCACGCCAGAGGAUUUUAUGGAACCAGGGCAGAGCAAAGAACCAGUGAUGCCACAGAAAGUGGAAAGUGGGCCUGUGGUUGUUCAAGGCAACAACAGGACCUUGGCCAGUGAGAAGCUGGAGAGAGUCCGCAAGUGGAGCAUCACCACGUUUAAGUGUACGAGACAGGCUCUGUCGGAGAAGCUCGGCCGUGGGUCUCGUACGGUGGAUCUGGAACUGGAGCCCCGCCUCGAGCUGCUCAAAGAUGACCGGCAACGCUACGAUCACAUGACCAAGCUGGCUCAGACGAUGGCCAAUCAGCUCGCUCAGUUCACAGUUACCCAGAAGACCCUGGGAGACGUCUUCACCGAGUUCAGCGUCAAAACACCCUCCCUGCAUGUGGAGUUUGGUGUGAACGCGGAAGUUCUGAAGUUCCUGUCUAAGAGCGGCGAGAAUCUGACGGCGGCCAUCAACACCUUCACCUCCGACAUGAACACACUGGUCAACAAAACCAUUGAGGACACCAUGACGAACGUCAAGCAGUACGAGGCUGCCAGGAUCGAGUACGAUGCGUACCGAGUUGACCUGGAGGAGCUGAACCUGGGGCCCCGCGACACCUCCACCCUACCCAAGCUGGAGCAGGCCCAGAAAGAAUUCCAGAGCCAGAGGGAGAAGUACCAGAAGAUCAGAGACGACUUGUCCAUUAAAGUCAAGCUGCUGGAGGAAAACAAGGUCAAAGUCCUCCAUAACCAGUUGUGGCAGCUCCACGGUGCCGUAGCAGCUCACUGUUUAUCAUGUCACCGUUUCCUGGAGCAAAACAACCAAGAGGCCAGCGAGCAGCUCAGAAACCCCAGCGCCGACGCCUCCUCCUGGUUGGAGGAAAGUUGACACCACAAAACAACAACUAAAACUCAUCAUAUGUCGGUAGAUGUGGGUUUGGAAGAUGUUUUGGGAUUCAGACACUGCUGUGGGAAAAGUUUAGUAGAUGCCUGUUUGGGGAAUUUUGAACAAGAAAUGUUCAGAUGGAUUUGAAAGUUAACAUAGUUAGGUAAGUAGUUAAUUUAUUCCAGAGUGGAGUUUGUUUUGAGGGAUUGUGAUGGAUUUGCAGCUUCUGAAAAGCUGCAGUAUCUACUACAUAAAUGGGGAGCUAGAUAGUUUAGAGGGAAAUUAAUUAUUUGGCAAGGUGAAUGGAUUUUUUGGGUAUUCACACAGGCACCUUCCAGGUCCCAGACUGGUGUGGAACUACAAGUCUGUGAAAUGUUAGAAAGGGUGUCAUUAUUUCUUAAACUCUUGAUAUUAUAUUUAGGACAAAGUGGUCUCAAGAACACUUUCCUUCUAUGCCAUCCAUACUUUCACACAUGUACAGUACCUGUGACUUCUGUCCUGUUUAACAAGCACAUACUUUAUGCGUUGGAGUAAAUCCAGCUAAUCCUCGACGAGGCAUUAAACACGUACAGUCAGAAACUCUCAGUAGCUAAAAGUGCCUCUACACCACAGGCAGAAAACACAACCGGCCACUGGUGCACCAGCUGUUACCAGUUUAAAUGACAUCACUGGUGCAUCAGCUGUCAGAAGUCAGUUCCUGACUUAGAAAUAGCUCAUGAAAAAGUAACAUGUUAAUGUCAGAUGCGUUUCAUCAACCUGCUGUGUCCGUUAUGAUCAUGUUAUGAACACAACAUUUGCCCACACUCAAACUUGUACUGGCUCUCAGCCAACACAAAAUACAGAUGUCAGUUCAGUCUUUUAAUAAUUUUGAACAUAUGCUAGGAAUGUUAAAUGAUUACCUUGAUUCAAAAUUGGGCUCAGAUUUGUUAAAAUUCUAUAGCUGGCUACACAUUGAGGAAAGGUCUGGAUAAUUAAUUUGUAACCACCUGUAAGUGUAGCUUGCCAGUAACUGGUUUAGUUCAUAACCAUUUGUCUCGUUGGCGGCCGGUCAUUUCCAUUUGUGGUUUAUGCAGCAAGAAGUUCAGCAACCUACAGAGACUGGUCAUUUCUGACAAGCCAAAAAAUGUCACCUUAUGUCGACGAUGUUGCCUUGUUUGUUGGUGAGGAAAGCUUAGUUGUAGUCAGUCUUUCAGGAAACAUUUCAUAAGUAACCAGGGUUUUUGUGUUUAUUUAGCGCUCCCAUCAAAUGGCACAUCAUUGCUGCUGCUGAAAGAAAUCUGCUUCACUGUACAUCACUGCACCAAAGGCUGCACUUUAAGGAAAGAUUUGUGCAGCCACAUUGGCCACAGAACUAGUUUCAGAACCGUUUGUAUGGUCGCCGGUCAUUUUCAUCUCGGGUUUAUGUGGCAAUAAUCUGAAUCAGCUUUACUGGCCAGGUGCGUUGAACACAUGAGGAAUUUGACUUCGGUACAGUGGCUCCAAUAAGUUCAGCAACUUCUGGAGACCAAUAAUAUGUGACAAACCAAAAAGCGUUGCUGUGCCCUGAUGGUGUUGCUUUGUUUGUUUGUGAAGAAAGGUUCACUGUGGGGGAGCAUUUCAUCAGUAGCCAUGAUUUCACUGUUUGCUUGCUCUCUUCAAUCAAACUCUAUCACUGCUGCUGAUGCUGGUGCUGGGUGCCUCGUCAUUUCCGACU